GGUAUGGAAGAGCUCCUUUGCUGGCCGUCUUCUGUUUCUUUGCACAUCUAUUUCCAGACCUGUUGAAAACAGUUGUUCCUGUUUGAGGGCAGAAUUGGAGUCAUAGGAACAGCUUGAGAAUAUGGCAUGUAACAUACCUAACCAAAGACAGCGGACUAUGUCAACAUGUGGAGAAGCUCUAUAUGAAAUUCUUGGUCUGCAUAAGGGAGCAUCAAAUGAAGAAAUUAAGAAAACCUACAGAAAAUUGGCCCUGAAACAUCAUCCAGACAAGAAUCCAGAUGACCCAACUGCUGCUGAAAAGUUUAAAGAAAUCAACAAUGCCCAUACAGUCCUCACAGACAUAUCCAAGAGAAGCAUUUAUGACAAGUAUGGGUCUCUGGGACUCUAUGUGGCCGAGCAGUUUGGAGAUAAAAAUGUCAAAACUUACUUCAUGCUAUCAAGCUGGUGGGCAAAGACCCUGUUCAUCAUUAUCGGCCUCUUGACCGGCUGCUAUUUUUGUUGUUGCCUGUGCUGCUGCUGUAACUGUUGUUGUGGACACUGUCGACCCAAAUCAUCGACAUCAGAGGAGGACUUCUAUGUGUCACCAGAGGACCUCGAGGAACAGAUCAGGACUGACAUGGAAAAAGAUAUGAACUUUCCAGUUGUUCUCCAGCCUACAAAUACAAAUGAGAAAACACAGCUAAUCAGAGAAGGAUCUCGAAGUUACUGCACAGACUCUUGAUAUUGGGGCCCAUGGAGGGUUCACAGUUCCUCUUCUUGAUUCAGCCAUGUCUUUGGGUGGUCAUGGGGGAGGCAGGAACAUGAAAUGCUGUGAACGUAUUAACGUUUGUAUUUUAUUUUUAGGUUAAGGGGAAGAUGAUUGCUACAUAAUUUUCUCAGUAUGCAGACUUUCUCUUUGAGUAGAAUUCCUAAUGAAAAACAUUUCGUUUUGAUGAAUAAAGGCCUGAAGAGUUG